GGUUGUGGAGAGUGGCGGGCGGCGAUUUUUAUGGGGGGGCUGUCAUUACUGCAGUGUUAUUUGAUUCUCGUUCCCCACUUCACAUGGUUCCUAUUCACGGGGGAUGGGGUUCUACGGUAGUUUAUAGGCCAAGCAGUUUGGGGCGGAUCACGGUGGGGACUGGGCUCUAUGUUCUGUUUGUCCCCCCUCGGAUCGG